AUGACAACCACGUCCUUAGCACCCAGUCGACGGCCGCUCACGCUACCGGAGAAGAUCCUUACGCAUUGGGCCGUAGGUCUCACGAAGCCUGAGGUGAUUCCGGGUCAGAUGUUAUGUGUUAAAGCGCAGUGGACACUGGCGUGCGAAAUUACGUGGAAAUCAAUGGACAAGACUUAUCAAGACAUGGGACGUCCACGUAUCUGGCGCAACGACCGCUUUUGGUUGGCUGUAGAUCACACAGUUGACCCUCGUGUGAAUCAUCAGCCUCGUCAACAAAUGAUGAUCAAAGCGUCCGAGGACUUUGCAAAAGAGGCAAAGCUCACGAACUUUCAGCCACCUAAUACUACUAUUCUUCACACUGAAUUCUACCGCCAACGUGCACAGCCUGGUCAGAUCGUUGUGGGCGCAGACUCACACUCGUGUAGUACUGGCGGUCUAGGCGCCUUUGCUAUUGGCUUAGGCGCUGCAGACGUUGUCAUGCCUCUUGUGACGGGAGAGACGUGGAUAAAAGUACCAGAAACGGUACUUAUCGAGUUUGUUGGUACGCCGCCAAUGGGUAUGGGAGGCAAGGAUGUCAUGCUUUACACGCUUGGCAAGCUUAAGUGUAAUACAGUGGCUAUCGGCCGCUGUGUCGAGUGGGGUGGUAACAUCUCGGCACUGUCUUGUGACGCUCGCUUUGCUAUCAGUAACAUGACAGCUGAAUUUGGUGGAAUCGCUGGUGUCUUUCCUGCUGAUGAACAGACGGCUGCGUACAUCUCCAAGCGUCCAGACCAUAAUCAAGAUGCACUGUACUUUCGUGCAGACGAAAAUGCAGAGUACUCUGAAAGGUUUCAGAUUGACUUGGAUAAUCUUGAGCCUCAAGUUGCGCUGUUUCCAUCACCUGAUAACGUUAAACCUGUGUCGGAAGUUGUGGGUAUGAAGCUAGAUGGCUGCUUUAUUGGUGCUUGCACGACUGCUGAGGAAGAUUUAGUACUUGGUGCUCUUGUUCUAGAAGCUUGUUUAAAGCAGGGUAUGAAACCUGUACCCCACGGCCAGCGUCGUGUGACACCUGGUAGUCAGAUUAUCAUCGAUAAUCUUAAGAAACAUGGAUUGCUUCAGGUGUACGAGAAUGCUGGCUUUGUAGUUGGGGCUCCUGGGUGCAGUUUCUGCCUGGGUAUAGCUGCAGAUGUUGCUGGAGAGAACGAAGUCUGGCUAAGUUCGCAAAACCGCAACUACCGUAAUCGCAUGGGAAAAGGAUCCAUUGCGAAUCUGGCCUCAGCCAUUACCGUAGCUGCGUCCAGUUUUACAAUGGAAGUGACCGAUCCCCGUCCGUUUCUAUCACUGAUUGAUAUCGAGAAAUUUCAUGCUGCUGUACCCAAGCUGCCCUCUGUGCCCAUUACGAUCGCAGAGGUUGCUCCUGAACUUCCAAUUCAUACAUUAGAAGAUGCUGAAAAUGCCGAUGCUGAAGCUGCUGCAUCACUUGAAACAUUCUCCGGCUCCAUUGCUGGCCGUGUGCAGGUGUUUGGCGACAAUAUUGACACAGACGCAAUUCUACCUGGCGAGUUCCUGUGUGAAAAUGACAUGGAAGCACUGGGUAAAGUUGCUUUUCUACACACAAACCCAGACUUUCGUGACAAGGUCAAACAGGGGCAAAAUGUUGUCGUUGCCGGCCAUGGUUUCGGUUGUGGUUCAUCCCGUGAACAGGCAGUAACAGCUAUGAAAGGCGCUGGUGUAAAGGCUCUUAUUGCUCGCUCUUUUGGAUAUAUUUUUUCUCGUAAUUACCAGAACUUUAGUUUGCUGGGAAUUCAGCUGGAUGAUGAUCGCUUUUAUGAGCUAGCGACGGAUAAUGCUGAAAUUACGGUAAAUAUGACUGGACGAACGAUUGAAGUUGGUGGUGAGACCUUCCGUUUCAACAUGUCAUUGUUUGAAGAACGACUGCUUGCAGGUGGUGGCAUCAUGCCGCUUUACAAGAAAUUCGGCAAUCGUCUAUUUCGAGUGGCAGUGCAAGAUCCUAUGGCUGAAAAGGAAAGCUGUGGAUCCGGAGGGUGUUCAAGCAAGGAAGAAAAGUCAGAAGCUGGCGCCAAGAAGGAUAUCUCGUGGUAG